GAUAAUACAAUAUUUCGUAUCUUGGAAACUGAACAAUGGUGCGUUUACGGAAGAACAACUCGUACCAAACUUUCUGAAUCAACGAUUCUGCACUAACUUAAAUGUUGCUGAUGGACAGACCUAUACAUUCAACAUUCGUCCAGUUGAUAUUGUCGAUAACACUUUCAAUGAGUCUAGAACCGUUUACAUAGAUCGCUCGCCACCCCAUAUAAAUAACAUUUGGUUAAAGAAAGACGGAUAUGAGAUGUUAUAUGUUCAUAACAGCACCGAUUUGUCAAAGAUGCAGAUGAUGUUCGACGCAUUGGACCCACACAGUGGACUUCAAAACAUAAAGUGGGAGUUCGGAAUCGCCGAUACGACAACUACGUUAACUAGUGGUUAUUUGUCAGUAGUACAUAUAAAAAACGCAACUUGUCCAACUGGAAAUGUUGAUUGCUAUUGCCCAGACAUAGGAAUGUGUGAUUUUUUCAACUACUCAAUUCCGCUGAAUAAGCUCGUUGAUGCAGAUAAGCAUUCCGGGAACCACAACAGGAACUACUUCUUCAAAAUUACGGUCACUAACAACGCCUUGCUGACAACGACAGAGCAUAUCGAUGUACUUAUUGACGACUCCCCACCAGAAGAAGGAGUGAUUUAUGAAGGUCCUGUUUACUACAAAGAUAUCGACUACACAAGUGAGGAUUCCUUUGUUGUACACUGGCAUGGAUUUAUCGACCAUGAAAGUGGAAUCAAACUCUACAGGCUAGGGCUUGCCAAAAGAUGCUUAACAAAAGAGGAACUGUACAACUUUACAGAAGUAGCUGAGAUCAUUGUAUAUAAAGAGCUUACUGAGACAUCAGUUCGUCUUCCAGCUAAUUUCACAGGUAAACGGUUCGUUACCAUUAUUGCUCUUAACCAUGCCAUGGAGUCAUCAAAGCCUGUUUGUUCAGAUGGAAUCACACGAGAUAUAUCAGCUGCUCUUAUUCGCAACUUAACACUGGCGCAUGCAGCAUGGACCGAAACCGUUAUCUGCCAAAAAGGAAAACCGUAUUUAUUACAAUCGAACCUUCAAAAGGUUCCGCUAUUUAACACAACAGCAUGUUUAAGCAUCUGCAAAUCAACAGUGAAUACCAUAGUAGCUGACGUUAUUUCUACUCAUAUAUCCGGAAGUAAAGACCUUGAUAUUUCGGAUUUCCUUUGUCAACACCUAUCUUUGUACACUAACGAUACGGUUGUCUAUUUGUCCAACGAUCAUAUCGUGCUGAAUUGGGAAGUGGAAGAAUCAGGAAGUCAAAUCGAUGACUUUUAUGUUGGGCUUGGUCUGGAUGCGACCGAAAAGGAUUCGCCAAGUUUGGUGGACUAUAUUUCUACUGAUGGAAAACCAUACUUCAAACAUCGACAUGAAGCAAUUGGAUCCGAUGAGCUGUUCUAUGUCUUCAUCAAAACAGUUAACAAAGCAGGAUUGUCCAACAUCGCAACCCUUGGUCCUAUUUUAAUCGACCAAACACCACCACGGUACAAAUAUAUUCCCCGAGUGUCUGUCGUUUCAGACACGAUCGUGUUUGCCUGGGAAUCGGAUACAUUUUAUGACGAUGAACAGACAGCCCAAAUAGACCAACUGGUAUUUCAAUUUGGUCAUGACGAACGUGUUUCCAGUCCACUCCUUGAAUGGCGAUUAGAUUCGUCGACACCGUGUCCCUCUUAUAGUGGAGGCUGCUUUAAAUACCCUCUUAAUCGUCUCCAGAAUCAAGACACGGGGGAUGGACUAAUGUUCUAUCUCAACGUUCAUAUAUACAACAAUGCCGGUCACUUUACUUCGAUUAGAACCGAAUCGUUCCAUUUGCCCUCAAUAUUUCCACCAGGACACGGCUAUGUGUUUGAUUUGGAUCCAGAAAUGAUGAACAUUUCAACGGAUAUUGAUGUACAUUUUACUGAACACAUGAUGUGUGCGGGUUGGAUGGGAUUUAAACAUCAUGAAAAUGUCUCGCUGGAAGUGGGCAUAGGAUUAGAUCGCACAACACCAGAUGUAGUUCGAUUUCAGAGCACGUCAGAAAUGAAAAAGAUCUGCCUUAAUUCAAGUUCCAUUGUUAACGACAAAGUAUACUUUUUCAUUGUAAAAGCAAGCUGUAGCGGGGGCACCACAAUAUCUGCUUCUAACGGAAUACGAAUAUAUGAUAGACAUUCUCCACAAAAUGAGCUGAAAGUAAAAAUCGGAAAAAAUUGCUUUUCCGUAAAAGUCUUUGAAGUUAAUGUUUCGAUUGCAAACGACAGUACGAUCAUUGAACUUCCAUUUACGUUGAUUAUCGGGCAGCGAUAUCUUUUGUUCGCGGAAAACAGUGAAUGGCAAACUAUACUGAGAAUUAAUACAAGUGACGCUCUAGUCCAAACCGAAGAUAAUAAUUAUGUUCUGAUCCCUUAUGUUGAGAAACCUACUCUACAAGUACACCGAAACGUCUCAAUGGACAUUUGUUUGCGUUUGAAAAUCAGUAAAUGUCCGGCAGAGAAUAUCCUUCCGAACACCAAUCAAUUGAAUAUAAGCUGGACAUUUCCUCAUACCGCCGCAGCGUUUGAGGAUAUUGUAUUUUCUGUUUCAUUACUUAAAUACGUGUCUGUUAACGGCUCGGAUGAAGAAAGUAUAUUCGCACCACCUCAAACUCUUGUUGGCUUAUCUGAUAUUACGUUCCAUGAUAUGAAUUUUGAAGCCCAAACACAGUACAUGGCCAGCGUUCAGUUGUGCAACAAUGUAAGGUGCCUCAGUCCUAUUCACUCGAGGGCAUUUACAAUCGAACUUGAAGCUCCUGAUAUUUCUUUCAUAAACACUGAAGUUAAAGUCGCAAAUGCUGGGGAGUGCGUUGAUGUUAGAGCGUCAUGGAAGAUAAUUGGACAGAGCGCAAACGUUGCAUUCUAUCAAUGGUCUGUAAGUCGUGAUGAAAUAGGUGGUCAACUGUUGUCUGUUUGGGAGAAUGUGCUGCCCAAUGGUACAACCGUUAAGGUUGCAAAGUGCGUUCGUCUCCCAACCCAUGGACAUAUGACAACUUUCCUGUGUGUCAGGGUAUUUUCUGUGAAUGGUUUAGCGAAGACAUCUUGUCACAAGAUUAAUAAAGGCAAUAGUGGGUCCUAUUCUAAAACUGCUGUGUACGACUUUGAUUCGUCAUCAGACAGUUGGGUCUUCAUCAAAAAGAUGCUCUCUAGUUCUGACAUUGGUCAGCACUAUGUCCUUCUUCACGAUUCAGAAAUGAACAUAGGUAAUGCCGAUUCUUCAGUGACUGGUGCUUUGAUGUACGGUUCAGAACGUUCAGUUUCAUGGUACCUUAUGAAGAUGCAGUAUGUGCCACAAACGUGUGAUUCCGACAUUAACUGUGUUCUAAAGUACGAAACUGACAAUGGAUACAUAGAAUUAGACAGAAAAUAUAUAUCACUCAAUGAAUUAUAUUUCAUAUGCGCAUACUCGAAUAACACUGUGAUAGAACGUGAGUAUGUCACUGAAAUUCUAGAAGAAAUAUCGUCGUGCAGCAAUGGUUUCAUAUUAGACAGUUCUCCGCCCACAAAAGGUGAAGUGCAAGUCCACAACCACAGAGGGUUUAUCACAAAUCCACAUUAUGUCAUUGUAACAUGGACUGGAUUCGAUGACAACAUUGAUGCCACCGUAUUUGGUUACCCAGAGAAACUGCAUUAUUUCUCUAUGAGAACAGGCACAGUUUCCGGUUCAAGCAAUCUUUUGGAAAUUGUUAGAACUGGCAUGGAAACAUCUGCAAUAUUGGACCUGUCAACACCGCCUGAUGGAAGUCAAGUUUUCUUCACGGUCAAUGCAACGGAUUAUGCCAGUUUGUCUACCAGCUCGGACUCAUUAGAAUUGAUCAUAGAUACAUCACCACCUUUAUGUGGUAGUGUGACGAUUUUAAACAACCAUCAGAGAAACAUAUUCAUUAACCAAGAACAAGCAACUGUGCGUUUCGAAGGAUUUUCAGAUCCGCACAGCGGCCUUGACUAUUUCAAUGUUGGCGUUGGUACAAUCGAAGGGGUAACAGAUAUCAUGUCAGAUACGAAAGUCUCCAUCGACUUCCUUGAAUUGAAUUUAGCGCAGAUGAUCGACGGUCAUCAUUAUUUCAUAAUUGUGCAAGCGAUCAAUCGAGCAGGGCUAGUUUCACAAUCUGUAUCAAAAAGAUUUGUAUUGGAUCGAACCGCUCCCACCGGAGGACACGUUCUCGAUGGGAUAAACGGAGCUGGGGAGAUUGAUUACCAAAAUGAUAUAUACGUUAUCAACGCAUACUGGAAAGAGUUUUACGACCCAGAGAGUGGCUUAGCAUUCUUUAAAGUUGGCCUUGGAACCGAUCCAUAUGAGACCGACGUAAGACCGCUAAAAGAUGUUGGAAUGAUGACAGAGGUUUCAUGGAAUGGCCCGUUUGUUCUUGGACAAAAAUACUUUGUGACCGUGGAAGCGUGUAACAAUGCAAACCUUUGCAUCAGACGUGUAUCAGACGGCCUUAUUGUCGACAACUCACCCCCAGUUCGCGGUCUUGUACACGUUGGACCAGGAGAAGGUCAUGAUAAAUAUUUAGGACAUCGAUCAUCUAUUAGAAUAAGUUGGCAAGGUUUCGAAGAUCCGCAAUCAGAUAUAGAUCAUUUUGAAGUAUGUGUGUCAACCUCUAAGGGCGAUUGUGAUGUUGUUGUGCUAUCAAAUCGACUGCUCCACUCUUCAAUUAUAAUAUCUAAUAUAACGCUCCCGAUAAAUAUUUCACUUAUGGCAACAGUUUGGGCGUUCAAUGGAGUCGGCAUGAACGUAUCAAAGGCGUCUGAUAUUUUCGUCAUUGACGACACACCGCCAGUUGUUGUGAAAGCUCCAAAAUUCCUACUAAAAUACAACUCGGAAAAUGGUAAAACUUCACAAUGGGAAAAAUCCAUCUUACGUGUUGAAUGGAAAUUCAAGGACGACAUCAGUCCUAUUGUCCGACAUGAGAUUUCUUUGAAAACGCAUCACGAAGGUCACACGCCUGUUGAGAGGCUUGUCUUAGGAUCGGAAUGCCACGUUACUGUCAGUUUAGAUGGGAGGAAUUGGCUUAAUAACGGUGACACAUACUUUGCAAUUGUAACAUCGUGUAACGCUGCCGGACUUUGUGCUUCUGAACGAACAAGCGACCUUUUAAUUGAUUCUACUCCACCACACCUCGGUGGAUUUAAACCACCUUUGACGUGGACGAACUACAAUAAUACAAUUGGAAGUAAGGUAACAAAUUUAUCCCUGACAUGGUAUGGAUUCCACGACCAGGAGUCCGGAAUCGAAAACUACUAUGUGACGGUCUCCAGAUCCUACAGUUUCAAUGAACUUUCGAAUGGCGUAAUUCGAAUUAGAGAAACUAAUCAAAGCGAAACUGUUCAAACUUCAUUCGUACUGACUGAAAGUAUUUCUCCUGACGAAUCUAUUAUUCUUUCGAUAUGGGCGCAAAACAAUGUCGGACUUAACAGUUCGAUUGCAAGGGUCACUGUGAAUGUUUUAUCUGAAACGUCUAAACAUGAAAUGGGAAUUUUGGAAAUCGAAAAACAUUCAUGCGACAUACAUUUUUGUAACAAGGAUUGUACGUGCGCAGUUAUUGAUCGUCCGUGUGUAGAAGUAAGCUCCAACGUAACAUGUACUGCUAUCUCUAGCACAGAUGCGCACACUCAAAAUUUACCACAAUUUGAUGUAUAUUGGGGACUACCGCAUGAAAUUCUUAAUUUUUCGGCUUCAUCGGCAUGCUUGAGUGGGCACUGGUCACGAAUAAUUGGAGUGAGUACUUCCGAAAAUAUUCAUCGUUUUGAAUGGAGCCUCGGCGUACAUGGACACGCUGUUGGCGAAGGGGUGUACGAUCUGAAACUAGAAAACCCUUGGAGUGAUGUUGGACAAAGAUUACAAUUUAUUCAUUGCCUACCUGUAAAUCGUUCAUUUGUACACGGGGAACGCUACACCAUAUAUGUAAAGGUUUGGUAUAGCAAAAGUACAUACACUGUGUUCAAGUCGUCUCCAAUCAUGAUAGAUCAAAGACCACCCAAGGUCAGACGUGGUCGUUAUAUCAGGGAAGGUUAUUGUUUUCAAGAUUUGGACUUUAUUGACUGGACGGAUAAUAUUAUUGCCUGUUGGGACGAUGUGUUUAUUGAAGAGCACAGCUUAAUCGAUCAUUUCAGCGUCAGCCUUGGGACAUCCCCUCACAAUGAUGACAUACUUCAACAAAUUGAUGUCGGACUGGCAACAAACAUAAGUCUUCAUAACAUUUCUCUCAAUCCAGGCACGCGCUAUUACUUUACAGUCAUUGCUGUUAAUAGUGUUGGACUACACACUGGCUUAACAUCGGAUGGAUUCAUUAUUGAUACAGAUAAUCCCAUCCACGGGGUUGUGUUUAAUACAAUUGAACACGAAAACGCAGAAUUCCAGAAAUCGACUGCAACCUUUGAACUGUCCUGGCAUGGAUUCCAGGAUCAUUUUUCUGGAAUUAAGCACUAUCUGAUUGCCCUUGCCAAAGAUGGAGGAUACAAUGAAUCAAAUGUGACCUUUACAAAUGUUGGUUUAUCGAACAAAUAUGCCUUUACCAACCUUAAUCUUGUGAAUGGAGAGUCUUAUUUUGGAUUAGUGAAAGCUGUUGACGCAGCAGGUCAUAAAAGUGCAAUUGUCAGAUGCCCAAAACAAACAAUCGAUACGACCCCACCGAAAGGCUUUACAUGUGGAUCAUCUAAAACUAUUGAAAUCAGUGUUUUUCGCAAAGUUACUGAUGAGAGUAUGUCUCUCUGGUUCAACGCAAACGUCUCGAAAGAUAACAUGUAUGUUAUUCAUGGAAAGAUAAAAAACGCUACGUAUGUGCUUAACCCUCUUCUCCUGAUGGAUAAAUACAGAUUGCCUUUGCCAUUACGGAAACGUCAUGAUGGGUGGUUCGAAUAUAAGUACAUGUUUAUAUCGCCGUUAGGAGGGUUGCAAACCAUAACAAUUGACUUUGGAAACACACUUGCCGAACAAGUGAUUCAGAAUGUUGAUUUUGAAGUUUGUAAACUUGCAGAAAAUAAUUCCGCUGCUAUUUCUGUAAACCAAAUAGGCCGAUAUUCGCUGACUGUAUCCUUGGGAAUACUGGAUUCGGAAAGCGAGUUACAGACGGUGUCCGUUGGAGUCGGUACAACUGAAGGGGGUUUCCAGAUCAAACCUCUGCAUGAACUACAUAAUCGUAAUAACUUUGGAGUAAUUCUUGCACCAUUUGUUCAUGGGGCACCGAUUUUCAUUACUGCAAUCGCCAAGAACCACGCUGGCCUCACGUCUGUUUUCUAUUCGGGCAAAGCUCUUAAAAUAGAUCACACUCCUCCUACCAUCAGCGACAUUGGUGUUGUCGUUUCCGUUAUAACAUAUAAUUCUACAAAAUUGCUAACAACAUGGACAGCGCGAGAUGAUGAAUCUGAUGUUGAAUACUGCAGUUGUUUAAUUGGAUCAACACCUCUGUCAGCUGAUAUACAGGAGGAAAGGGAUUCGGAUACAUUACAGUUUUGUCAGUCAGACAUUCUUAACCUUUCUCAUGGCGACAGAGUCUUUGUUAUGGUUAAAUGUGUGAACAAGGUCGAAAUCGCCACGACGUUAGUAUCUAGACAAGUGAUCAUCUACCUUAAACCGCCCAACAACGCGCAAGCAUUCGUUCGGUUUUUGCCCAGUGGUCAGGAAUCGUUUUCUAUGACUGGUCAAUUGUCCGCCCAGUCUUCUGCGCAGUCUAAUUCAAGCCUAUUGCAGAUGGAAUGGAACAACUUCGAAGAUUGUUCAGAGAUUACAUCCUACAGUUAUCGUAUCCAAAGCAAUGGUGAGGUUGUUGUAGACUGGACUGAUGCAGGCCUAAAGGACAUGUUCUCCAAUGAGCAUCUAAAGUUGAAAUCCGGCCAGACAUACACUACCGAAGUUCAUGCUGUAAAUGGUGGAGGAUUCACCAGUUCCGGUGUCAAGUCCUCGCUGAUUGUAGCAUCAGAACCUCCAGCGCUUACAGGAAUUCAGAUAUCUGCUGUUUUCGCAAACGGCAAAUUAACUCUAAAUUGGGAAAGUGUCUUCAAUAGAAUCCCGGGAGUACCGGUUCACUACAUUCUGGUUAUUGGAUCCCGUGACGGAUUUUCUGAUAUCGCUGACGUAAACUACACACGUAACCACGUGUAUGAAGUCAAAGUUCCAUCAUCGACGCUUGUUUCUCCCAAUCUCAACGAGCUGUACAUAAAAGUGAGUUGUACAUACAGCACGGGGUUGUUUACAACAUACAAUACAUCAUACAAACUGUGAAGUAAAUUUGUUUGGUAUAAACCAGCGAUUAUUUCAACAUCCUUUUUCCCUGUCCUGAUGGGUUUUUGUUUUAUUUAAUCAUAUUAUGUAAAACGGUAUUCGUCCGCGUAAUAUACACGUGUGUUUUGUAAUUUCAAUAUUUGUGUACAUGUAUAUAUUCCCUUUUUAUAAUUCAUCGUUCCGUAAUAAGCAAUCGGUUUAAAUUAUUUGUCAUACCGUGAUUGUAAUAUUUUAUUAUAUUAUCACAAUGAUUGAUUCGUUUAUUGUCAAUUGCAAACACACAGUUGUAAUGUCUUUGUAGAACAGUGUCUUGUCAAAAGUAUGCAUAUUAUAAAUUCAUAUUCAUUCGAAGUCGAAGUAGUUGUGUUUUAUUGUUUUCUAUGCUGUUCUAGCUCGCUUCUCUUUAUUUCUGCUUACUUGUUUAUUGAGAGUGCUUUGAUUUACAAUAAUCCAUUUAUAAGUGAUAUGUGGUUAACUAAAUUUGAGAAACGUUUUAAUUUCAUUGUUACAAUGUGAUACUCGACGAAACAGUAACAUUUACAAUAAUAUUAUAUAUAUAAUUGAAUCUAUACUUACGGUAUAUAUUUAUUGUUUAAAAUUGUUGAUAUGUGUGUGUGAUGUGCUUUGAAAUAAAUAAACAGAAACAAA